AUCUCGACCUUCACUUAUCAUUGUUUACAUCUGGCGGCGCCUGGACACGACUACUCGACCAUUUUCCUCUAUUUUAACUAUUUUGGCCAUUUUGGGCGGUUAUGGAGCGCCGGGAGGAGGGCGAGUGUUCCGACGCCCACGACGACAGUUUUGACGUCGCCUACAAGCCGGUGUCUCGGCCAGACUCGACCAAGUACCGCUAUGCGGCCCGAGAGCUGCCAUCCAGUGACACGGACGGCUCGUCUGGCUCCGAUUCAGACAGCCCGGCCACGACCAAGCGCCGGCGGCCCAACCUUGGCCCCAUGGACAUCUGUGGACCUCAGAGCGGUGACCCCAGAGUAUGGAGUGUGGACAGCGCUGCCAGACAACCAUCGCGACCCCGGCGCCGCAACAAUGUUUGGUCUACUGUCAUGGAAGAACAGGUACUCUCACAGGAGAUCGGAGGGUUUGGACUCAAGCGGAGGCUGGACCAGGGGGAACGGAGUGUGGAAAGCUAUGACUACACACAAGCCUUGAAGGCCCGGGGCAUCAAACCUCCAGACUCCGACACAGAGGAGGAGGAGGAUGAGGAAGAAGAGGAGGAAGAGGAGGUGGAGGAGGACAAGGAAGAUGAGGAAGUUAAAGUGAAGAGACUGAACCGGAAGCGGCACAUCAGAGAGCGGAUCAGCUACAAGAAGACGCGGUCGAAGGGCGGAGGUGGCGGCCAGCGGAACCUGGCCGACCUGGCCGUUGGGGUCGAGUCCUCAACUGACGAAGAGCUGGGCCGGGCCAUCGCGGCUGGAUUGAUGGAACGCAAGCCAGAGUUGAUCAUAAGAGUGGUCAGUGUGGUGGGUCGAGACAGGGCGCAGGAGCUGUACAAGGAGACACAGGAACUCGAACGAAAUGGUGGACUACUGGUACUGGACGGGUCACGACGUCGGACAUCGGGUGGAGUGUACCUGCAGCUUGUCAAGUCACUGCCGAGCCUUGGCAAGGCGGAGCUCCAGCGCAUCUUCCCGCAGGAGGAGUCACGCUCCUCGCAGCAGUGGCGCAAGCGUAAGAGAGCCCACCGUCGCCGCGAGCGUCAUGAGUCCAAGCCCCAGGGAGAGGACGCGAGGGAGGAGGAGCUGCAGCUGGGGGGUGUGCUGUCAGAUGACCCUGGGGGGGCCAAGUGCCCCGGCUCCACCCCGGUCACCUCGCCCCGGCCGUCAGACAACGAAGAUGACCCCGGACCCCUGAUAAACCAGCUAUCUCCCUCUGGAUUGCCAGACUUGAUAUCCAUAUCCAAGCCACCAGUUCUUGCUGACCCCAGGGCUUGCAAGCCAGACAGCACCCUAGACACUUUCAAUGGGGGCUUCCUGAAUGUGGGGACUGAUGUGCAGGAGGUCAAAGAGGACGACAGGACUGUAGAAGCCUACGACGAGGACUUUCUUGACAUCCACACCAAUGAGGAGAUGGAGCUCUUUUGAUGCCGUCUGUCUUGUUGUAGCCACAACCUGUUGAAGAUGCGUUUAGGACUAUUAAGACGUGAGGUGAACCUAUAUUCUAGCCAGAACCUGUUGAAAAUGUGUUUACCUGUGCCAAGACAGGAGGUAAACCUGUAUUCUAGCCAAAACUUGUUGAAAACCUGUCUAGAACUGUCAAGACAUAAAAAAGACCUGUACUCUAGCCAGAACUUGUUGAAAACGUGUCUAGACUUGUCAAAACACACGGUAAACCUGUAUUGUAGCCAGAACCUGUUGAAAACCUCUCUAGAACUGUUAAUACAUGAGCUGAACCUAUAUUCUAGCCAGAACCUGUUGGGAACGUGUUUACCUGUGUCAAGACACAAGGGAAACCUGUAUUCUAGCCAAAACUUGUUGAAGACCUGUCUAGAACUGUCAGGACAUAAGGCAGACCUAUACUCUAGCCAGAACCUGCUGAAGACAUGUCUAGAACUGUCAAGACAUGAGGCAGUGCAUUCAAAAUGCAUAGAAUACACAGUGUCAGCCUUUAGGCCUAAGUGUUGAACUCAAGAGAGCUGGUGUUCUUCUGAACAGUGUUAUUUUACUGAACAAUGGUAUUGUUCCACUCUACGUACAGUGAACCCUCUUAUAAGACUCCACAUACAGUCAACUCUCUUAUAAUACUCCACCGAGCACUGUGAUUUUUAGUUUAAGCGACUGAAGAAGUUCACCAACAAUGUCACAUGAAAGGCCUUCAUAAAUUCAAUUGUAGAAAAUAUUUGGAGUGUAAGACAGUUGACUGUAGCAUUAAUGUCAUCAGAUUGAUGAUAUUGUUGUCCAGUAUCCACAGAUUGAUGAAUAAAACACAUGUACAACAUCUGGAUGUCUUUAUUGAUGAAUAAAACACAUGUACAACACCUGGAUGUCUUUAUUGAUGAAUAAAACACAUGUACAACA